GGAGACACAUAGUAAUACUAGGAUCAUAAAGUCAUGAAUUUAAAGAGCAGGUGUCGCUCCUGCGGCUGAUGCUGCCUCCAUCCUCCUCCUCUCCUCCAUCCAUCCAUCCAUCCAUUCAUCCAUUCACCUGGUUUACUCUGCUGCUGCACCACGCUGCCUGAAUGCUGGUCCCGCUUAGACUGGGAUAACACACACGCGCGCACACACACUAACAUGAGAGGUCCAUUUUACAAAAGGUCCACUUUUUUCUCUUGGCAUGAGUCAACGCUAGUAAAGACCUCAGGGGCUGCAUCCUUCGGUCGGACAGCGGUGACUCAUUGCGCACGAUCACUCAGGCAGUCAGUCAGUUAGUCAGGUCGCUUUUCCGUGGAGGAUCGAUACCAAUAAAAAUACCCUGAUUCUGGUGGAAGGCGUGGCUUUUGUGUCACCGACACACCGCUGAUUUUCCAUAUCCAGUUCCAGGGUUUUGCCUCAUCUCGCUGACACGGACGCGCAAACGGCACCCCAAGGUGCGGGACAAAAAGCGUCUCUGAAGGAAACUGCACAAAGGUGGGACUGAUAUUGUGCAUCUUUUUCCAUCUCUGGAUUACAAGAAUAUUUACAGACUGAACCAGUGAAUCCAGCAUGGGAACUAACCCAAAAAGGACAGUGACAGUCCAGAUGGUGCCUCAGCUGGCUGUGGUGGACACACUGGGCAAUAAGGAGCCAAAUGCCAACUGGACCAAAGAGCCCAACCUGAAACUGUCUCAGGUUUGUCCAAAAUCCACCAUCACAUCUCCUGACCACACACAGGAUAAUUCCCCUCUCACUGCUUCUCCGACUAAAUUUAAAACAUCCUCUUCGGGGGUUGAACCAGUUUGCAGCACUGUGUCAGACAAAGCAGCAACAAAUAAUGGAAACCAGACAAAAUCAGAGACAGUGAAAGGUGGAGGCAACCAAACACCUGACCUGUCUCUAGGUGUUGGCGAUACAGGAGGCGACCAGAGGGAUUCUAACGCCAAUAUGAAAAUGUUAAGCCCAGCUGAUGAGGAGGAUAUCUGUAAGGCUGCUGUGUCGUCUGCUCUUUCAGCGCCAAAGGUCGACAUGCGGACCAAUGACUGCAGAAUUAAAGAGCCAAGUGCAGCAGAGGAGGGAUGUGUACAAAUGACAUCCUUGGCUAAAGUUACAGCAAAAGAGGACAGUACAAAAUGUGUUUCUCCAAGUAAUAAAAACCUCAAUAAUGUCUGUGAGUUAAGGCAUAAUGCAGAAGCACCACAACUGGAUCUAAAUGGUAGUGUUCCUGCUCCCAUAAUCAAGGACUCUGCUGUUCCACAGAAACCUAAGGAGCCAGAUCAUAUACAUAUCUGCUCAAAAAGCUCAGUCAGUCCUCAGCAGACAUCUAAACCUGAGCAAAACUUGCAAACAUCUGCGGGGCCACUUAGUUCCAAUAAAUCUGCAGCGAAGAACAACGAUACAGAAGUGGGAUUUACAAAUAAGAAUUCAUCUUCAACACACCCAGAGAAGGAUUUAACCCCAGUAAAGAAACCACAAGUCUCCUCAGAUAAACAUCAACCGGCUUCUCCACAAACAGCCUCCCCCGCCCAGCCCCAAGCUAUCAAAAACAUGGCGGCACAGGGGCAGGUGGCCAAGGAUGCUAGCCAGACUGACACAGCUGUCUGUGAAGGGCAGCAGCAACAACCGUGCAAGAAGUACAGAGAGGUCUCCACCAUGACCUCAUCCCUGUCUUCCACCCCGGUUAAACUGCGUCAAGAUAUGGAGGUUCAAGCUGUGGCAAACACGUGCAGCAAGAGUGUGGCCACAAGUCCGAGCUUGCUGCCCUUCGCUGCGACUCACAGGCAGUGCAGUGGAGCAAGGGAAGAACCACAGAGCCUGACAGCAGUUUAUAAUGCAGACGGAAAUGUGGGACUACAUCAGAUGAACAUAAGUAGUCUACUAGCAACUGCUGAUCCUAGGUCAGAGAGGCUGACUGUUGAAGCAGAGAUGUGCCCCAACCAGAAUGCAAGUGUGGUUUUUAACUCAGAAGCUUUGUCUGACAAGAGGCUGGGAGCAAAGCCUAAAGACCCAGGGUCGACUCUCUGCAACACCCAGCCCGUUUAUCAAAUCAACAUCGAACACAAGGAGCAAGGACAGACAGGUAACUCCCAGAAUAAAGGGUCUGCCGUGAAAACAGGCAGUGCUGAAGCUUCCUCUCUCAAAGCAGGGAGUCCCCCUGAGACAGCCAGCGCUAUCAAGUCUGGAUCUGCUGACAGCAACAAUGCUGUGCUGUCUCAGGCUGCUGUUUCAACCAAGCCCAACCAGGCCCUGCCAACAACAACAGCAACAACAAACGCAACAUCAAAGUCAGCACCGGCUAAAAAUAAAGCUGGGAGCCCUGAAGAAAAGAAUAAAGAUGGUGGUAAAGCCCAUAAGUCAAAAAAGAAGGUAGAACCAGAGAGAGAGGAAGACGAGGAUGACCAGUCAGCGAAGGACAAAGCAAAGAGCGUCCAUGAUGUUGUCUGGGAUGAACAAGGGAUGACAUGGGAGGUCUACGGGGCUUCCUGUGACCCGGAGUCCCUUGGUUUUGCCAUUCAGAGCCACCUGCAGUGCAAAAUCAAGGAACAAGAGAGGAAACUUGUAAUCCGGACCUCCAUCAGAAAAUCGGUGUCUGGGGUCGACUCGCCGCAGAAAGGCCGUAAGAACAAAAGGAGGCAGCAGAACAUUUUCAGGUCAAUGCUGCGAAAUGUCAGACGGCCCAACUGCUGCGUGCGUCCCCCUCCCUCCUCCGAGUAGCUGGGGUGCAGAUAAACUAUGUCAGAAUUCUCCCCUUUUUUCCUUGAGGUCAAAAUGUUUGUCUCCCCCCUCCCCCGUCAUGGGUGCAAUGCCAGGUUAACAGGGCGGCGUUCCCUGUAAGUGAGUAUACUGGAGUGUUGUAGCAUAAAGAGUUAAAUUAUGUGUGAUGUUUGUGAUCAAAGAAGGUAGAAAAUAGACAUAUAAAAUGAACAACUUAUUUUCUAGAGAUAGAUAUUAUAAAAAGAAAGAGAAAAGAGUUUUUAAAUAUUAAAGGCAAUAACAGUAAAACGCAUGUAUAUUAGUACAAAGGCAGGCCUUUAAAACAAAGCCCAAACCUUUGCAGUUAAAGACACCAAUUAUGGGUCGACGUAUUAUUUACUUUCAGAAUAUUUGUGCAAAUAUAUUAAGCCAACAUCUCAUUUGGUGCAUUUGGUAUAUGUUUUUGAGGUGUUUUGGGGAAUAUAUUUAUAAGAUUGCUGUUUUUUGGUUUUAAUGCACCUUUAGUGAGUAAUUCUGUUGUGCAAAAAAGGGACUGUAUGCAUACAAGCGCUGUUAAAAUUCUGUUCUACUUUGGUUUCUAUUAAAACAAAGAAAAAUCUAAGUCAA